AUGGGUGUUAUAGAAGUUGAGAGUGAGCAACAGUUCACAGAGUUAACCAAAUCCAAUGAUUCUAAAUUAAUUGCAUUAUACUUCCAUACACCUUGGGCUGGUCCAUGUAAAACCAUGAACCAAGUUUACAGGACAUUGGCCGAUUCCAAAGCUCAAGAUCCAUCAAUACUAUUCCUUUCUAUCAAUGCUGACGACUUGUCAGAGAUUAGUGAGUUGUUUGAUGUUAGUGCAGUGCCGUACUUUAUCCUAAUACGUAAACAAACUAUAUUGAAAGAGUUGUCAGGUGCAGACCCAAAGGAAUUCAUUGCUGCAUUGAACCAAUUCUCAGGUUCGAGUGAUUCACAAUCGGCAAACGUCUCUAGUGCACAAGGUGCUAGUUCAAACUCCAAUGGAACACAAUCAGUGGCAACUGAACCUGUAGAGGAGACAGAAGAGGCAUUAAAUGAAAGAUUGACUAAAUUGACUACUGCCGCACCAAUUAUGUUAUUUAUGAAGGGGUCGCCAUCAAGCCCUCAAUGUGGAUUUUCAAGACAACUCGUAGCAAUCUUGAGGGAACAUCAAGUGAGAUUUGGAUUCUUUGAUAUUUUGAAGGAUGAUUCUGUUAGACAAGGAUUGAAAAAGUUCAGCGAUUGGCCAACUUUCCCACAAUUGUACAUCAAUGGAGAAUUUCAAGGUGGAUUAGAUAUCAUUAAAGAGAACCUAGAGGAAGACGACCAGUUUUUUGAGAAUGCUUUAAACGCUUAG